UGUACUACGCGCACAGCACAUACCCUCAAUUGACACACACCCAUAUGUACGCGCACACACACACUCACCUUGCACCCAGCCCCUCCUCCGCCCCAUUCGGAAGAUCGUGCCACGAACGCCAUGUUUUCAAACAAAGCAUGUUUUUUUCCUUUGCAAAGGAACGAGAUGCCGAGCUUGAUUGGGUCAUUGCGCAACGCCCACCCGCCCCAAGCAAAGAAAAUGACACCAUUCUCUGCCCAUUGUAUCCUUGCCCAGCAAAUCAGGUCCGCGGGAAAUAUGUCUAUUGAGAAAAUGCAAUCAAAAGCGAAAAUGGCAUUGACGUGCUUCACAAGUCGUAUGACUUUAAUUAUUCUGCUCGUAACGUUUGUUUUUCUCUCUCGUAAACGGUCGCCGUCUAGAGGGGGAAAAGCUGGUAACUGUGACCAUUAUAGACUGCAGUCUGACAAAGAGAAAUGCAGUUAUGCUCGUUCUCUCUCUUUCCCUGUCAAACCUUAUUUGCUUACUAAGAAGGUUACAAGAAGGAGGAAAGGCGAGAAAAAGAGAAUGCGAGCCAAGGAAAGGGUGUAUGUCUGUUUAAUCGAAUGAAGAGAGACAAAGAAGGUGGUCUGAUUUCAUCGGUCAGUGAAAGGUAAGAUGACUUCAGCAUAUUUCGCUUCGAGACCGCCGGCGAAAUGCUCGGGCAGUCGAAAAAAAAAGA